AUGCAGUUCAACAUCCUCCUCCUCCUGGGCCUAACGUCCCUCACAACCGCCCACAUGCAAAUGUCCUACCCGCCCCCCUUCCGCUCCAAGUACAACCCCUACACCACAAACGUCGACUACGACAUGACAUCUCCCCUCUCCGCCUCUGGCUCCAACUACCCAUGCAAAGGCUACCACACGCUGCUCAACACGCCCCAGGGCCGCUCCGUAGCCACCUGGUCCGCCGGCGGGAGCUACAACUUCAGUGUCGUCGGCAGCGCCACCCACAACGGCGGCUCGUGCCAGGCCUCGCUGUCCUACGACGGAGGAAGCUCCUGGAAGGUCAUACACUCGUACAUCGGCGGCUGUCCGCUGACGCAGAACUGGCCGUUUACCCUGCCGAAUGAUGCGCCGUCGGGCGAGGCGCUGUUUGCCUGGUCGUGGUUUAACCAGAUUGGCAAUCGGGAGAUGUACAUGAACUGCGCGCAUGUUACUAUCCAGGGGAAGAAGCAGCUCAGCAAGAAGAGUCCCUCUGAUCCGUUGAACUCGCGGCCCAAGAUUUUUGUGGCGAAUGUGGGUAAUGGGUGUGGUACUUUGGAGGGCGCGGAUGUGCUGUUCCCUAAGCCGGGGCCUGAUACGGAUAAUAUCUCCAGGAAGACGGCGAAUCCGGUUGGUAAUUGUGGUUAA